AUGUCUUCUUCUGGCUGGAUGGGCCGACUGAAGCUGGCUGCCCGUGCCAUAGACCUCAGGCUGAAGGCUGACCCCAUGCAGUCCGUAUGCCAUGGGGAUGCCAAAGGCGCAAACAUCCUCUUUGCCAGCGGGGAAGGAGGAGAAGCCAUUCCCUUGGUGUAUGACUUCCAGUACUGUGGCAAAGCUGCUGUCACCAAGGAUGUGGCAUACUUCCUCAAUGUGGAAGCGUACCCGAAUGCCGCUGAAGAAGAGCGGCUGCUGCAGCUCUACCACGCGGAGUUAUCCAGGCUGCUUCAAGCCCAAGGCGACGUACCGCCCGAGUACUCGGCCUUCCGAACCUCCCUCGAGCUAGCACUUUGUGACUGGCGGCGCUUCUCCGAGAUUGGCCUUGGAGGCUGGGGCGAUGACGCUACUCAUCGCGUGCAGCAGGUGCUGAACAAGCUUGAUGGCGGGCGCGUCCUGGCAAAUGAAGAUGCAUAUAUCGAAGCCAUGCGGCGAGAGUAUCCCGUGUAA